GGUUUGGUGAGCGGAGCCGGAGGAGCGGCUGCUGCCCCGCGGGACCGGGACCGGGGCCGGGACCGGGACUAGGGGGGAUGCAAACGGCCGGACGGCGGCGGGGGACCUGGACACAGGCACAAGAGAAAUGGCUGUUAUGUAGCAAGGAAGGAGAUGUCCCCAUUCAUCAUCCACAUUUAAGGCCAUGGUUCCCCAACCAGUGUGAGCUACUCAAGAGUGCAGGUCCUACAGACUGAAGCAUACAGACUGCAAAUCUCAUUUGACCCAUGCAUUAUAGCAGUUUCUUGAAACUUGGCCUCAUCUGAUGGCAGCAAAGACAAGUCUCCACAUGAGAACCUAAUAAAAGAACUGGGUGUUUUGAAGUAGAGGAUGAAAGCAUCAAGAGUGCAGCCUUCUGUGGAACUUGGAGGAAAAAUGGACUCAGCCCGCCUGUGGAGCUAUUGCUCUUCUUGAUAUAUGAAGGGGUUGACAGCGUGCGGUCCCAAACCAGCCCCUUUCCAAUGUGCCCGUUGGAACUGCUCCCCAGUGCCGCCUCUGCCCCCGGGGAACCCACCGCACCUCAGAGGCUCCCUCCAGCUUUCCGUUCUAAGGUGGUGUUUGUAACAGCAGCUGCAUCUUCGCCAGCUUCCCAGAGAGCCAAGCAGUUGAAGGUGAUGGAUCACUUGCUAUAUCAGCUGGAGCUGUGAUCACAGCAGCCUCGAGCUGAGUGAAGACUCGGGUUAACCCACCAUGCCUCGCUUGCUGCUUCAGUCACACAGGUCACAGAUGAUGGGGUUUCUUGAGGAGUUAGACCAUUACUCGUCCUUGGCCAAACUCAUGACAAUCUACCAAGCAACCAACAGGACCACCUUCAACUGGACAGACAGCCGCAUUGUUGAGUGGGAGAAAUUUGCUGAGCUGGCUAAAUACGAGCCGGAAUCCCAGAAACCAACAGUGAAAGCUCUCCUAAUCAUGGCAUACUCGGUCAUUAUCAUCAUGUCUCUCUUUGGGAACAUGCUGGUGUGCCACGUGGUGCUGAAGAACAAGAGGAUGCACUCAGCCACCAGCCUUUUCAUCGUCAACCUGGCAGUGUCUGACAUUAUGAUCACGCUGCUCAACACGCCUUUUACCCUGGUUCGGUUUGUGAACAGCACGUGGAUCUUUGGAAAAGCCAUGUGCCACAUCAGCCGCUUCGUGCAGUACUGCUCCCUCCACGUCUCCACACUGACCCUGACGGCCAUUGCCCUGGACAGGCACCAGGUCAUCCUGAACCCGCUGAAGCAGAGGAUGUCGCUAACGAAGGGAGCGCUGAGCAUCUCUGUUAUCUGGCUGAUGGCAACCUGUUUCUCCCUACCCCAUGCCAUCUAUCAAAAGCUUUUCCAGUAUAACUACAGGGAAGCCACUGUCCGAAGUUUGUGCCUCCCUGAUUUUCCUGAGCCUGCAGAGCUGGUCUGGAAGUAUCUGGACCUGUCUACCUUUCUCCUUCUUUACCUCCUGCCUCUGCUAAUCAUCACUGUCACCUACACACGCCUGGCCAAGAAGCUGUGGCUCCGCAAUGCCAUUGGAGACAUCACCACGCAGCAGUAUAUCACCCACCACAAGAACAAGAAGAAGAGCAUCAAGAUGCUGAUGCUGGUGGUGGUGGUCUUUGCUGUCUGCUGGUUUCCUCUCAACUGCUACGUCGUGCUCAUCUCCAGUCUAGGCAUCAAGACAAAGAACUCCCUCUAUUUCGCCCUGCACUGGUUCGCCAUGAGCAGCACCUGCUACAACCCUUUCAUCUACUGCUGGCUGAACGAGAGCUUCCGCUCGGAGCUCAAGUCCCUGCUCUGCAUGUGCCAGAAGGUGCCUCAGGCUCAGGACAACGUGCUGCCGCCCGUGGUCACAUCCUGCCGCGAGGCAUGGACGGAGCAGGCCAGGUACAGGAAGGGACCUGCCUCGCAGACCAUUUGCUCCACCGUGAACAUCCAGACGGCCGACACAGACCUGUGAGCGGCGGGGCUCAGUGAGAAGGAGCAGGACAGCAAGGAGGGGAGGUCCCCACUUCCAGGCCACUUGACCCCACUCGGCCACAUCCCUGCAUCUCAGGUGUACAUUGCAACAUCUGCACGAGGAGAAGACAGCAGAGCAUUGUGAGCGGCAGCAGAAAUGGAUGCAUACACAAUCCCUGAGGCACUUCACUUGGAAACUAACAAUUAUUUGAACAUGGGAAUUUAAGGCAGCCUGCCACUGGGUGCAGGCACUGCCUUCUCUCUGUAGAGAGCAGGGUCCAUUUUCAGUUGAAAAACAUCAUUGUGAGUUUUUCAAAAUGUUAAAGCAUCUCUAAUUAAUGAGCAUCACCUCAUUUAAUUAUUAAGAGAAGCUGUCAUUUGCCUUUUUACUGUUCCUCACUUUCCAUCAGCUCUUAGUGAAUGGCCCUGAAACUACCACGUAUUUCACUUGAUCAAAAUAUUAUUUCUUCCCUGUGGAAAGGUGGAUGUCAGUAUGGAGCUUUCAGUUUCCACUACAGAAAUGCAGCAGCCCAUUUCUGCUCAACUUAUCUUCAGAAGUUUAAGAGACUUUUUCCCAAAAGUUGCAAAACCCAACAUCCUUCGGUUGCUGUAGCACAAGCUUUGAGCAUGAGCUGAGCAUGUAAAUGAGACACAGUUAUAAGGCACAGUGGACAGGCUUCUCCCAGCAACUGGAAACUUUCCUUCGAGAGUGGAAACAUGAGUGAUGGCAGCCUCAGGGCAAACCAGGAUUUGGCCACGAAAAGCCUGUGGGAUGCCGUGUCAUAUGGGCACAGGAAGGAAAAAAAGUCCUGGGAGGUCCUACUUUAAAAAGACUACCUGGAAGAAGCUCCCCCCUCCCCAGAGUCCAGGACAGGGAUGAAAAAUCAGCAAAGAGAGUUCAGCAAAUGUUGGGUAAAGCGUGGAGUCACCCAGGGUCUGGCCUGGGGGCAGAAGGGAACAGCCUUGUGGCACCAAGACCCCCACUUGGUGCUUGCUCUGGAUCUGGAGGGCUUGAUCUGGGCUAUUGAACUUCCCUGACAUGCUCUCACAGGGCACCUUCAGAAACAAGGUUUAAACUCACUGUUUGCCAGUAGGUAACAGGAUUCAUGCCAAUAAGUGAAAAAAGAGUACCCAUCUCUCAUGCCAUAGCAGCAGCGCUGAGUGAACUGUGAUAGCAGCCUCCAUCAGUUAAUAAGGCAGCCGCAGAGCUUGGUUAGCUGUGUUUCAUGGGCUUGUUUGCUGUUCACAGUUAUUCAACUAAUUCAGCUAGAUUCUCAUGAAAAACACCACUGGUGUCACCCAAAAAACCCAUGCAGCUUUUAACAAAAACACUCGCCUAAAAUUUCAUCCUGAACGAGCGUAUUCUUUGCUAUGUUCUAUUGCCGUGGACAAAACUUUCCAGGGCUCUUUGAAUACCACUCGCAAAGCAAACAUUUCACAAAGAAACAACAGAAGGUGGAAAAUCACACCUUGCCCUCCCCAAAAGCUCCCUGUAAUAGCUAAGGGAGCGGUGUGGGACCUGACACCCAAGCAGCAGCACUGGCAUGGACUGCUGGCCCCAUGCACAGUGCCGUGCACAGCCUGUGCCUUUCCAUAGGCUGCUGUAUGACGCACUGUGCACACAAAACUCCCACAGUUUCUAAAGAGAUAUUUCUUACUGUGUUUUCUUUCAAUGUACAUAUUAUAUCCUGGGCUUUUAUGAAAUAACCAUAGCAACAACACUAACACAGAUAUCUUCAAUGAGAAAUAUUAAGCUAUGGCUCUUGCUGUGAUUCUGAAAUGAAAUCUGCUCUGUUGGCAAAUUCUGGGGUACAAGCCAAGCCGGGGAUUAAAUCCCAUCCCCAGGGCUGUUUUACAGUGCAAGAUGGAUAGAUAGAAAUUUUCAGUAAUUUCUUGAGAUGUUUGCCCAAGAAUGCUGGUACAGACUGACUGCUGGUUUCCUCAGAAACAGGCAAAUUUCUAGGAAGAAGCAAGCAAACCUUGGAGUCGUACCUGCCCAUCAUCCCUUCAAGAGGAAAGCUGUUCUGGGACCCCCUGUCACGUUUAGUGGCUAUGGGUGAAGUAGAAGUCUCUUGGAAAUCUCUUAAUCUUGUAUUGAGUCCAUCUUUAAUAUUAUGUAGGUUGGGGUUUUUUUGUUGUUUUGGGUUUUUUUUUUUUCCUUCCUUUCUUUCUUUAAAUGGCUGCAUAAUCUUUUUCUGGAGGAAUCAAAGACUGCAUUCCAAAGAAGUGGGUCUCUUUGUACUCCCUUGAUCUUCUGCUAAUCCAUGUAGUUAGCUAUCUCUUGCUGUGAAAAAAUAACCUAGCUGGUUUUCCUUGGAUCUGUCAAUCGUAGCAUCUCUUCAUUGCUGAAUUUUUCUCCCCUAAAUGGGCAUGAUGUAAGAGCUGACUGUAUUGCAUCUUCGUAAUGGCUUAGCUAUCUAGACUGGUAAUUAUCAAUGCCUGAACGAGAUUCAAAGCCUUGCAUGCUUUGCCUGUUGCCUGGAGGCUCUUGUAUCACUUGAGGAUGCUCUGACUAACAUGGCAGCACUCUCUCAGCAGCAUUCAGGCAAACAAUAGAAUGCACAACAUAAAAUAAACUGAGCUAUGUUGUUUGAUUUGAGCAAGGCACAGUGACUGAGGGGCAAGAGAUUGCAUCUCUGCUGAACUGCAGGUGCAAUCAGAGCGCUUACUUAGCCAACGUCUGGAAAAGAGAAUCUAAGAAAUUCUGCUUUUGCUGAAACAGAUCAAGGUCUGAGCCAACUCAGCAGGUAAAUAGAUGCUUAAAUCUUCUUUAAUUUGUCCUCAGACAUGCCACUCACCUGUGGGAAUGGCUUCCUGAGCAGCACCGGAGGUCCAUGAUCAAUAGGUCCAAUGGAGAGCUUCCAGAAAUGGGACCACCACUUCCCGCUGGGUGUUUUCAUCCCCGUUCCCAGCAGGGCUGUGCUAGUGGGCUGCUGUGGGUUUUGUGCCCAGAGCCCUGCCCUGGCCGGGGCAGCAGGCAGCAUCGUGCGGGCAGCCGACACGGCACAGUUUGCUCUCCGCAGCCCGGCGGUGUGGCAGCCCCGAGGCUGAAGGGCUGGACGGGAGCGUGGGGUGGGAGAAGAGUCCCCCGGGAAGCCCGUGCGGUCCGGAGAGCCCUUAUCCUGCUCAGGCGCUGUGGACCGAGCCAUCACCCUGCGCCUUUGGCGGCUGCGGUGCUGCUCGCCUUGGCAAGCAGAUGACUUGAACCUGUCCCUGGAAGGCAAAGCCCCAGGAGGCAAGACCCCGAGGGUGAAUUUGGAGGGCAGAUUAUUAAAACACUGAGUUACCAGAAGUCUACUCCAGAGAAACUAUUUGAGCACACACAAAUCAGUAUGCAAAGAUUCAACAGAGACAUGUCUGAGUGAUUAACAACUCAGAUUUAUUAAGGUUAGCUCAUGCCAAAUGCAUCUAACUGCCUUCAGCAUAGUUGCUGAUGAAGACGAUAACAGAGAACACAGUGCAGGGGAUACCUGAAUUCCAGAGACAAAUCCCCUUAUAUAGCCCCAUCACAUAAUGAACAAAGAAACCACAAAAUGCCAACUAGAUUAGCAAAAAGCAAGCAGAAAAAAACCCACAAUGAGUCAGAAAAUUAGCUCAGGAAGGAGAAACAGAAUACAAUUAUCAUCAGUUAGCUCUUCAAGUGGAAAACAGUACCGAGGGGCUGUCCAAAGCACACUGAAGGAAUAAAUGGAAAUGUCCUCGAUUAAGUCCAGAUCAAGCCCUGGGAAGUGGGGCUAUAGCUGGCUCAGUGUCAGAGACGAUCCUCUUGCACUGAGAUACAACUCAGCAGAUUGGAUCACUCCUGGACCAGGGGAAGACGAGGGAGGAAAAAGCCCAAACCUCGCCCAGGAGGCUCGGAUGCAAAGGCACACCCAGAAUUAACACUCAGAAGGUAAUGAGCAGACACCCCCUGCCACCGGCAGCAAAGGAGAGUCUCUCCCUCAAGUCAGGGCAGAUGGCUCUACCCUCUCACCGACUGAGGAGCAAACACGCCUGCUUCCCUCGAGCCAUCGCCUCCUGUGCUGCGGUAGGGAGAAAAAUGCUUCUGAUCUCCCCAGACUUUGGAUGAAGCCCAAGCAGGAAUACUGACAGGGUAAGGGCAGGUUUAUGACACCAAGCACAAUGCUGCAGUCAGCGCUCAGUUUAAAGAUUCAAGGCUUUUCGCAAAGCUGCCCUGUCCCACUAGUGCUCAGCAGUAAUCCCCACCCAAAUUCCAGCAGAUAUUCCUAAACCGCUCCCCUGAGCUCGCUGUCCAAGCACUCCCAGUGCGCACACACACCUUUCCAACGAUGACCGCACCACUCGGCUCGUCCCGAUGAGCUUUCUGUGCAAGCGGCUACGUCAGAGGCGAUCUCAUUGCCGAGACGUGUCGGCAGUGCCGCGUUUGGGGUGUCUGCGUGGGAACAGGACUGGAGUCACUUGGGGUCACCGGCUGAUGGGACGAGGCAGGAGUGAGUGCAGCAGCAGAUGACCGAACGCUGCUGCAGCUCAGGCGAGUGCCUGCGCGAUGCUCCGGGCUGGCGAGGGCAGGUGACAGUGGGCGGGAGGGACGCGAGCUGACACGGCCGGAGGAGGGGGGUCUGCAAUGUCUGUGCCUGGUGUGCUGCACUGAAGCAAACCCGUCGUUAAGGGAUUACUGGAAGUCUCCCCAGAAAGGAAAGCAAAAGCACUUGUCCUGGCCCCGGCCCCCUGUAUUUUUAACUUUGUCCCAGUAAUAAGGGUUGAAUUAACGCAUUUGGCCCUUGUAAUGAGGUUUUAUUCUCCCAUGAGCCCAUACCGGCUAAUAAUGCCUUGUUCAGCAAUGCCAAAUCACAUGAGGACCCUGCCCUCCGUAAUGAGCUGUCAAUGAAGAGCAGCUGUCACUUAUCAGAGGUGAGAGGAAAAAAAAUAGUAAUAAAAAACCAACAGGCCGAAUCCUGCAGAAAUGAUGUGUCUGAUUUUACAAUACAAUAGUCUGUCACUUGAAGAGACUUUUCCAUGACAGGCCUCAUAAAAAUUUCCUUGGCAGAUAAGAACAGACAAAUUGCUUUAUAAAAUCAGAUUGAUGGACCAUCUAAUUUGUCUACUGGAGACAAAAACAAUUGCUUUACGGGACACCGUAAGGGAAAAUUAUAGGGAGUGUCCCCAUUAAUGGAAUUUCUGCUUAUUGCCUUGCAAUUAAUGCUGCUUCAGAGCAUAAAGGUUUAUAUCCUCCCCAAGCGUCAUCUCUGUCUAACAUGCCCAUAUGCUUUCAUUGUAUAUGUAAGUAUCUAAUACAUACUGUGUCCUGGCAGGUUGUUGAACUUCAGUGGCUUCUGGCCCCAAGGAUUUCCCCUCUGCAAGGAUCUUCAGUUGGUGCUUGUAGCUGACAGUAGCAACAGUAAUUUUCAAAACAUCAUUUCUGACAGUUUCAUGCCAUUCUACCAGAACUGCAGCAUAUUCCUCAGCCAGGUCUGCGGAAGUCAUUGCUAUUUCAAAUCCACACUUGUAGCCAACUUGAGUACCAUAAUCAGUGUGAAUCCAAGGUGGCCAGACUUUGGGUGUUGUUACAAAAUAGUUUAUGAUACAUAAUAAAAAUGAUGGCAGGCCAGUUUUAGA